GUCAUCACUUCUUCAAAACAAUUUAUUUCUGCAGUGUAUUGUAUUGCAAAUUGUUUAUAUGGAGAUGUCCAACCAGGAGACGCAGGUUUCCAGCCUGCCCAUGCCGCCGGAGCGGUACAUCGCCAACUACACGGAGGAGAACAUCCGCCGGAACCGGGCACCACGCCCACCGCCGCCCCCGUCGCAGCACGAAGUCUACAGCAUGUUUGGCAUCCAGUACAACAACGACGAAAUGAUCCGGAGUCUCGAGUCCCAAAAUAUCAAGCGGCUAAUCCCCAUCCACUUCGACCGGCGCAAGGAGCUGAAGAAGCUCAACCACUCGCUGCUGGUCAACUUUCUGGACCUCAUCGACUUCCUCAUCCUGAAUCCAGACAGUCCAAGGCGCACGGAGAAGAUUGACGAUCUUAGCCUGCUGUUCGUGAACAUGCAUCACCUGCUCAACGAGUUUCGGCCCCAUCAGGCGAGGGAAACGCUGCGCGUCAUGAUGGAAAUGCAGAAAAGACAGCGCGUGGAGACCGCCACACGCUUUCAAAAGCACUUGGAACGGGUGCGCGAGAUCGUGAACACUGCCUUCUCAGCUCUGCCCGUUCUGGGGGAUGACGAGGAAAGCGGCGGGGCAAAGAUUAAGACGGAGGUGGAUCCCCUGGAGGCAAAUGCAGCGGCCAAGAACGAUCCCAGCUAUCAGCACGAUCGCAUGUUGUGCAAGCUGGUGGACGCCAUCGAAUGAAAAGACUUC